AUGUCCUCUAUCGAUAACUACCAGACGCCCUUGGCUAGCCGAUAUGCCUCUACCGAAAUGCGCUCCCUUUUCAGUGCUCGAACACGCGCGUCAACCUGGCGAAAGCUCUGGAUCUGGCUAGCGGAGGGGGAGAAGGAACUGGGCCUCCCUAUACCCGACGGAGCCAUCGAGCAAAUGAAAGCUCAUGCCGAAGUGACGGAACACGAUUUAGAGGUGGCAGCGGUAGAAGAGAAAAAGCGGCGUCACGAUGUCAUGGCACACGUCCAUGCUUUUGGGCUGAUGGCACCCAAGGCAGCAGGAAUCAUUCACUGGGGAGCGACGUCCUGCUACGUUACGGAUAACGCCGACCUCAUUUUUCUCCGUGAUGGCCUCGAUCUUCUCCGGCCCAAGCUAGCCGUAGUCAUUCACAAACUUUGCCAGUUUGCCAUCGAGUACAAAGAUAUGCCUACUCUUGGAUACACCCACUACCAGCCGGCGCAAUUGAUUACAGUGGGUCGUCGCGCGGCGCAGUGGGUGCAAGAUUUGGUGAUGGACCUCGAGGAUAUUGAAAAGGUAAGGGCUGAUUUACGCUUCCGGGGUGCACAAGGUACUACUGGAACUCAAGCUUCGUUUUUGGAAAUCUUCCAGGACGGCGCCAAAGUCGAUCAAUUAAAUACUAUCUUAUGUGAGAAGGCCGGGUUUCCUCGUUGUUAUUCUAUCUCUACCCAGACAUACUCCCGCAAGGUUGAUCUUCGUGUUGCCAAUGCUCUCUCGGCUCUGGGAGCGACAGUGCAGAAGAUUGCCUCAGAUAUCCGACACUUGGCGGCUCAAAAAGAAAUCGAGGAGCCGUUUGAAAAGGACCAGAUUGGAAGUUCAGCCAUGGCCUACAAGCGCAAUCCUAUGCGUUGCGAGCGCAUCUGUGGCCUUGGUCGCCACCUCGCUAACCUCAACAAAGACUGUUCCGACACCUAUUCGGCCCAAUGGUUUGAACGAACCCUCGAUGACUCAGCCAUUCGCCGUAUUGAUCUUCCGCACCUCUUCCUCUCGGCCGAUGCUAUACUUAUGACACUCGAUAAUGUCGUUUCGGGCCUUGUUGUCUAUCCGCGGCGCAUCGCCGCCCGCCUAAUGGAAGAGCUUCCAUUCAUGGCGACGGAAAAUAUUAUCAUGAAAAUGGUUGCUGGUGGUGCAUCGCGGCAAGAGGCCCACGAAGAGAUUCGCGUCUUGAGCCACGAGGCAAGUGACGUUGUAAAGAAGGAGGGCGGUCGCAAUGAUCUCAUCGACCGCAUCAAGAAUAGCGCGUAUUUUUCGCCGAUCUGGUCAGAUAUUGAUGGCAUGCUCGAUCCCAAGAAUUUCAUUGGCCGCUGCCCCGAACAGGUCACAAGAUACUGUGGUACGGGCGGCGAAGUGCAGGCCAUUUUGCAAAAGUAUCAGUCAAAUAUUGAAGGGUCAAAGCAGAUUGAAUUAUCGGUUUAA